AUGGGGCUGCAGGGAUUGAUGUUAGCAUCAGAGAUGAAAUCCCCUAAAAGCCCGUCUGUUGGAGAAUCGAACGACGACAACCAAUCGAAGAACUUCGACAUUAAAUCUUCUUCUUCACUUGACAUCUUCAGUGAAAUUAACACUUCUAGUGAUGCUGAAAGAAGUGAACAUAAUUGCAUGUUUGUUGCAAGGCAAGAAAAUAGUGAUGACAGUUUGUUAGAUAAGGUGGUAUGUAGUGAAGACGAAGAAUAUGCUUUAUACAACAAUUAUGCAUUACGAAUGGGUUUUAGUAUUCGAAAAGGAAAGCCAAGAUAUUAUAGUGGAUCAAAGAACAUAAGGCAACAUCAAUUUUUAUGUUCUAAAGAGGGUUUUAAAGUAGAUGAAGACCCUUGUGAAAAGAAAAAAUUGAAUAGGCUAGAGACUAGAACUGGUUGCAAAGCAUUUAUUCGUUUAAUUGUUGAAGAUGGAAUUUGGAGGGUUACUGCCUUCAAUCCUGAACAUAAUCAUGAACUUGCAUUACAAUCAGAACGACAUUUGCUAAGAUCUGCUUGUCACAUUUCAAAAUUGAAGGCAGGUGUGAUUGAUUCUAUGGUAAAUGCUGGUAUAAGCACAAAGAAUGCUUAUCCAUAUCUAAGAGAAGAAGUUAGAGGCAAUGAGAAUGUGGGUUUUACCAAAAGGGAUUGUUAUAAUUAUGUGAACAAGCAAAAGAUGAUGAUGACUAGCGCUGGAGAUGCUCAAAGCCUAUUGAAUCAUCUUAAGUAA